AUGGCAGAUGAUAUCCGAGAUGCCCCCUUGGGCAAAGAGAAGCCCGGCUUCAAACUGCGUGAUCCAUGGAUCGAAUUGAUGAAUGGUUCGAUCAUCGAAGCAGAUAGAAUGCUCAAACAACAGGCGUCCAACUCAGGUAACUAUAAGAGGAGUGUUUUUCUCAGUCGCUCCUCAACUUUCAACACUACACCCUUCACAGAAGGCUGCCUAGAGGCAGACGAGCAACAUGGAAACGACAAAGCGAAGUCGAUACCUAUCGUCCCCACGCGAGCAAAGGAAGGUGCUAUUCUCGUCGAUUGGUAUUAUGCUGAUGAUGCGGAGAACCCACUUAAAAAUCCAAAUCCAAACGCGCGAUAUCUAGGGUUCAGCUUAGGGCGCGUAAAACUUAUUAUUGGACAGCUUCUGCACAUCAACACACAGGCCGUCUUAGUGGCUGAGAGAGCAUUGGUCUAG